AUGAGUAAGGUUCAGUAUGCAAACGCGGUAGUGUUUCUCAUAUACGCAACGGUUUGCACAUGCCUUGACUUAGCUCAAGCUGUGAGUGUAGUUUCAAGAUACAUGGCAAAUCCGGCCAAACAACAUUGGAAUGCGGUGAAGUGGAUUUUUCGAUAUUUGAAGGGCACCAAGAAGCUUGGGAUUUUGUUUGAAAGACAACAAAGAAAGACAUGUGUGUCUGGUUAUGUGGAUUCAUAUUAUGCGGGAGACAUAGAGAAAAGGAGAUCCACAGCGAGGUAUGUUUUCACUUGUGGUGGAGGACUGAUUAGUUGGAGAGUGGUGCUACAAUCAAUUACUGCUUUGUCUACUAUCGAAGCUGAGUAUAUGGGGCUAACAGAGGCUUCUAAGGAAGCAUUAUGGCUAACAAGAUUGGCUAAAGAGUUCGGGAUAGCCCAAGACUUGGUGGUGAUACAAAGUAACAGUCAAACUGUUAUAUGCUUAGUCAAGAAUCAAGUGUUUCACAGAAGGUCUAAGAAUAUUGAUGUACGGUACCACCGGAUAAGGGAUUCGAUUGAGGUGGAGCUCUUAGGAAUUACUAGAACUGUUUCCAAGAGGUUUGAAGAAUUUUUAGGGGUCAAUAAUUUUCACAAGGUGUUUAAGGCUCGCCAAGGUGAAGACUGUUGA